AUGUCGUUUUCUCAGAAACUGGCCUUCAGAAGCAGAAGAUUUGUCCACGUGGUUACUCGUGAUUGGCAGUACUACGUGCCUCUCUGCCUCAACCUCUCGGGUUCAGUCCUCUUCUUCCUCACCCUGAGGGGCGUGCAUGUCUCUGUGGCUGUGCCGGUCAGCAACGGUGCCACCUUUGCCUUCAACGCAGCAGCUGGCUAUGCGUUCGGAGAGAAAAUACAACCAGCAUUAGCUUUGGGGGGUGUAUCGUUGGCUGUACUCGGUAUUGCAUUGUGUGUAUAG